AGCAGGAUGAUGGCGGCCUCUACUUUGCACGGCAACCCUUUCUCUCCAAAAGCAGGACAUCCGCGCGCGAACACCGCAUCGCUAUUCGCUAGGCGGCAGUAGACAGACAGCAGCUGGCCUGCAGAAUCAAACCUCAAAAGCACCGCAUCCCGUCCCCCACCUCGCCGCGUCCUGCCCUCCUCCUCUCGCACGCCACACAACCGCAGCCUAGGAGCUCCCUGCGUGCCAAGCUCUCGCCUUCUUGCUUCGUGGACAUCGCCGUUGCAAGAACCACGGCGAUAAGAUAAGGGCCAGGUAGGCGAGGUGAUCGGUGGAGGGAAGGGAUCGGUUGAGCUGGAGGAGAUGGCGGCGUGGCGGGGGAAGGAGGCGGCGGAGAGGUGGGAGGGGGAGGCGGAGAUCGACUACGUGUUCAAGGUGGUGGCGGUGGGCGACUCGGCGGUGGGGAAGACGCAGCUGCUGGCGCGGUUCACGCGGGACGAGUUCGCGCUCGACUCCAAGUCCACCAUCGGAGUCGAGUUCCAGACACGCACGCUCACGCUCCACCGGAAGCGGGUCAAGGCGCAGAUCUGGGACACCGCCGGCCAGGAGCGGUACAGGGCGGUGACGAGCGCGUACUACCGCGGCGCACUGGGCGCCAUGGUGGUGUACGACGUCACCCGCCGCGCGACGUUCGAGCACGUGGCGCGGUGGGUGGAGGAGCUCCGCGCGCACGCGGACGGCUCCACCGUCGUGGCGCUCAUCGGGAACAAGGCCGACAUGCCGGCGUCCCGGCGCGAGGUGGCCGCCGACGAGGCCGCGCGCCUCGCGGAGGAGCAGGGGCUCUUCUUCUCCGAGGCGUCCGCGCUCACGGGCGACAACGUGGAGCGCGCCUUCCUAACGCUCCUCGAGGAGAUCUUCGCCGUCGUGUCGCGCAGGGCGCUCGAGCUCGACGAGGCCCGGCGGAUGCGCGGCGAACAAGACAGUGGCGCCGGCGCCGGCGGCGAGGUGCUGUCGCUGAAGGGGACCAGGGUGGACGUGGGCUCCAUCACGGAGACAAGCGCCAUGAAGAGGAGCUCGCAGUGCUCCUGCUCGUGAUGAUGUUUUCAAUUCAGAUGCAGGAGUUCUUCGAAAAUUAUUAUUUUUGAGAUCUUCACAUUUACAAAUCACAGAUUACACUCUUGAAUCCUGAUAGUUUAGGCCUGUAAUGAUGUAAAUCAACAUGUACGUAUAAGUAUAAAACAUUCUGUGGCACGAAAUUAUGCCUGAGGUCUUCAUC